GGAGACGGAAUACCGGUUAUCCUCCUUCGCUACCGUGUCGCCCUGGUCCUCUCGAUCCUUACCUUGGCAGGUAUGAUCGUCCUGAUGUUGCCGUUCGUGCCUGCAGAGUGGCAGAUCCCGUACAACGUCUUGACCUAUGGCGAUCGCCUAUAUCGGAGUUUGCCCGCUCCCGCCGGUGUUGCCAAGGGACAGACGUCGCCUAUGGUGUUAUCUGAAACAAGUGGCGGAGGGACGCCACCAACACACACGGGCUGA